AACGAGGAUGAACAAAACCUGUCGUCGAAUGUCCAACUUGUUGAUUACUUUCUGUGUUCUUCCAAAUUUCUAACAGACUUUCUUGAUCACUUCGAAAGCACCUGGCAAAUGGGUCAAUCUGGUCGACUCGGCUACGUAAACAGUAUCGCAGACCUCUUAGAUGUCCGUCGACUCCAUGCACCUUCAGGGCCCGUAUUUCAAAAUUUUUCCAUUCCCGAAGUAUACAUAAAACGUGCAAGGCAAUGCUUAGCAAAGCAGAUGCGUUCUCACUGGACGGCAGACUUAGAUAUUGCAAGCCUCGAAUCGAGAAGAAAUUGGGCUACGCUUGUUGAACUUCA